CUCCCUGUGAUCGCUGAUGGUAAAGAUAUCGCGAGAUUUGUGUGUUACGGUCAAAGAUGGUUUAGAAUACUGGUUUGAAACACAUGUUGUAUGGUCUUUUCAACGUUAUCACAUAAAAUGUAACAAUUAAAUCAAUUAUUUUGUUAGUUAGCAAGCAGAUUAUUGUAAUAACAGCGUCAAGACAACAAGAACAUUUCCCGCCAACUUGCGAUGACGUAUGGUAAGGUGAACGCGCAGGGCUUCUGUCACAGUAUGGGCGGCGCUAUCCAACAUGGUCUCAGAGCAUUUAGUAUUAUUCUGUACGUAAUUUGGCCACUCGUUAGCAUGAUAUGUGUUCAUUUGUGGCUGUCCAUCACCCAUUUCGUAUAAUAUGUUACAAAUUACAAUUCGUAUUAUAUGUAAUGAAUUUGCAAAACGUACAAUAUAAUACAUUUGCAAAACGUGUUAUAUGUUACGAAUUUGCAAAAAGUGCAAUGUUAUGUUAGCUAGGCUAGGGUUAGGGUUAAGUUUAGGAGUUAGGUUAAAGGUUAGCUAAAAUGGUCAAGGUUAAGGGAAGGGUUAGCUAACAUGCGAAGUAGUUGCAAUGUAGCUAAAAAGUAUUAAGUAGUUAAAAAGUUGCUAAUUAGCUCAAAUGCUAAAGAUGUCCAUGAUGAGAGUUGAACACACAAUAUUUGGGUUGCUAGACGUUCACUUUUUAUAUACCAAGACCAACCAUUGAAGUUGAAAUUUAAAAUGGUUAAGGCAGUGUUUACCAAACUCGGUCCUGGGAACCCCAGGGGGUGCACGUUUUGAUAAAUUGAUUAUUUGAAUCAGCUGUGUAGUGCUAUGGCAACAACAACAAAAGAGUGCACACCUUGGGGUCCCCAGGACCGAGUUUGGGAAACGCUGGGUAAGGGUAGAGGUUAAGGUAAGGGUUAGGGUUUAAGGGCAGGGACGUCCCAAGGACCCCGGGUGGCACUGUCCAUCAUAGUGUGCAUUUUGUACCUGUUUACGUCAAUGGUUAUAGUUCAAUGUUCAUACUUGAGAUUAGCAAGGUAUUAAACUGUAAUGGCCAAGUAUAGUGAUAUGUUGUAAACUUUCUACUCACGUAUUUAGUAAUUAAUUAUCCUAUGCUAUACGUUUAUCUGUAGGCCUAUUCCUCCUGUUAUCCGUACUCCUGUGUUCUCUUUUCAUUCUUGGUCUAGGACAUUAUUACAAGGAAGUUUUCUCAUGUUGGUGAGCACAGAGCAAGGUGGUGGCUGAUGGAUACAUUUGUGAGUCAAACCAGGAAGCGCUAUAUUGAUGGGACAACAGAUGAACAGAGAGAACCUGUGUUGAAAAAAUGUAAAGAGGAAGAAUGCAAUCAGGGGAUUGUAAAGGAGGAUGUGAAGGAGGAUGCCUAUUUGACUGAGUUCUCUCAGUCUUGGCAGAAGAUUGAAGCAGAGGGACUGGACUGUGACUAUGCUCUACUCUUUCCUAAAGAGGAAGCAGACUGCCUCUACACACAGCUGGAGGAGGAGGUAGUCUACCUCACAGGAGAUAAAACAAAGAUUCAGGUGUUUGGGAAGGUUUACAAUGUCCCCAGAAAGCAGGCGUCUUGUGGGGACGCAGGACUAACCUACACCUAUUCUGGAGUGAGUCUUCAGGCUAGCCCGUGGACUCCAACCUUGGAGUACAUUCGUGAUGCUGUUACAAAGGCAACAGGGCAAACCUUCAACUUCGUCCUGAUUAACAGGUACAAAGAUGGACAUGAUCACAUGGGUGAGCACCGUGAUGAUGAGCGGGAACUGGACCCCCUCUGUCCCAUCGCCUCUGUAUCCCUGGGGGCGGUCCGGGACUUUGUUUUCAGACACCGGGAGUCACGGGGAAAACAGCGCCGACGGCAGAUCAACCCGGUGAAGCUUGAACUGGCCCACGGGAGCGUGCUCCUCAUGAACUCUCCCACAAACACCCACUGGUACCACAGCCUGCCAGCCCGCAAGAGGGUCCUCACACCCCGCAUCAACCUUACCUUCAGACGCAUCCUCCAAGACGGCAAGAAAUGAGGGUCAGACAUGUUCCGUUGGGAGUCUCACUUCAUUGUGGCUGACGUCAGGGGACGUACUGUCCCCACUGCAAUAUUGAUUAAACUAGUUUCUGAAUUUG